AUGGAUCUGCGAAUUCCGCGCAUCGAAAUCAGACGAACGUCUAGCGAUACUCAGUUGGACAAGGUAAACCUAAAAUCGGCGAAUAUCUACAACAUCCACGGCCUAGCCAGCUCACAGGCUUCGCUCAGUGUUCCCGCCAUUCACAAGGACGUCACCGGCUACCGGGGAAGCAAUGACUUCAUUUUAUCCGACGACAGAAAGUCCACCUUGGACCAAAUACGGGAGAUUGGACCUUGGUGCCGACGGAAAGCUCGAAACGUGUUUCGGAAGAAAAUCCUCUACAAGCGGGUUCCGGUGUUGAACUGGCUGCCGAGGUACAGCGCGGAUGACGCCAUCGGAGAUUUCGUUGCCGGUUUGACGGUCGGCCUGACGGUUAUUCCGCAAGCGUUGGCUUACAGCAGCAUCGCCGGUUUGCCGGCCGCAUACGGUUUGUAUGGUUCCUUCAUCGGUUGUUUCGUGUACAUCUUCCUUGGAUCAUGCAAAGACGUUCCGAUGGGUCCCACGGCUAUUGCCUCGCUGCUGACGUUCCAGGUUUGCGACGGAAUUUGGGAACGAGCCGUUCUAUUGUGUUUUUUAACCGGUUUGAUUGAACUACUGAUGGGGCUUCUUGGGCUUGGAUUCCUGAUAGACUUUGUGUCCGGUCCGGUGAGCUCCGGCUUCACUUCGGCUGCCGCACUCAUCAUCCUUAGCUCGCAGGUAAAAGAUUUACUUGGGAUUGUGGCAAAAGGGAAUACUUUUAUUCAGCAAUGGGAGGCCAUCAUAGCGGACAUCCAUAAUACGAAGCUUGGCGAUUCCAUCAUGGGCUUCACGUGCAUCAUCGUCCUACUGCUGAUGAGGCUUCUCCCUCGGAUCAAAUUGGGUCCACCGGACGUAGAAGAUCAAAACCUGUUCCAAAGGAUCGUCAACAAAACGUUGUGGCUCGUGGGUACCGCUCGCAAUGCCAUCAUCGUGGUUGUUUGUGGCUCCAUCGGAUUCGCUUUCUACAACAAUGGCCAGGAACCGUUCAAAAUGAUUGGCGACGUACCGAAGGGUUUGCCGUCCUUCCAGGUUCCUCCUUUCUCCGUCCCGGAAAUUACAGAAAUCGGCCAAAAGGCCGAAAGUUUCAGUGAUAUGUUGAGCAACCUUGGCUCCAUGUUGAUUGUAAUCCCGCUGAUCGCCCUACUGGAGGACAUCGCCAUUUGCAAAGCUUUCGCAAAUGGAAAACCAGUGGAUGCUACGCAGGAGCUGAUUGCCAUUGGCACAUCAAACGUGGCCAACUCAUUCUUUCAAGCCUACCCGGGCACGGGUGCCCUUUCGCGAGGGGCCGUCAACAACGCCAGCGGCGUUCGAACUCCGUUCGGUGGACUCUACACCGGCAUCCUGGUAAUUCUGGCGCUACUUUUCUUCACCCCGUACUUUUUCUACAUCCCGAAAGCUGCCCUGGCAGCGAUCAUUAUCGCCGCGGUAGUUUUCAUGGUUGAGGCUCGCGUGGUGAAGCCCAUGUGGCGCAGUAAGAAGGCCGAUCUGAUCCCCGGGAUAGCGGCCUUUAUCGCAUGUUUGGCUCUUCCGAUCGAGUACGGAAUCCUGGUCGGCAUUGGACUGAACAUCCUCUUCAUCCUGUACCACGCCGCCCGUCCAAAGAUCCACAUGGAUCAGAUGAUCACCCCCUGCGGAAUCAAAUACCUAAUGCUAACGCCCGAUCGAAGCCUGAUUUUCCCCUCAUCGGACUUUGUCCGAAAUCUAAUCAACAAGCAUGGGUUGAAAAAUCAAACCCCAGUUGUGAUAGACUGCACGCACAUCUACGGGGCGGACUUUACCGCCGCUCAGGUCAUCGACACGCUGAUCAAGGACUUCAAGAGUCGCAACCAGAUGCUGCUGUUCCUUAACCUCAAACCUUCGGUUUGUGGGGUAUUCGAAGGUGCCGACCUGGAGUAUCGGGUUUUCUACGACAUCGAACAGCUGGACAAAGCCAUUCAGGAGAUUCGACGCAAAAGCUUCCAGGUGUAA